GGUGGUGCAAAAAUGCCUUCGGAAUGUUACAACGGUGGCACGACGUCGCCAAAGCGACGGAUGCACGUAGUAGGCAAUGGAAAAUCACACCAACAGCAUCAACAACAUGUGCAUCAACAUCACCAUCGACAGCAGCAUCAUUACCAUAGCAGCCAACAACAGACACGCGGGGAAACGCCGAAUCACGAUAGAAACGCGGACCCAUCAUCACCAUCCAUGACCGAAUUGCCACCAUCAAGCGGAUCCUUUCUACACAUAUCAAUCACCAAGCUGGCCAUCGGUAGCCGCCUGUUCGUGAUAAUGCUACAGCUCGUCGCUAACCUGCUGCUGCCGGAUCACGAUGCAGGCGUGUUUGUCGCUCCGCACGCUAAAGACGCACCCGAAAGGCCACUCGACGCUCUGGUACGCUUCACACUUGGCGGACUAAAUCGUUGGGAUGGCCAAUACUUCCUGCACAUUGCCGAGCACGGCUACACAUACGAGAAUGCGCUCGCAUUCUUCCCGCUAUUUCCGUUCAUCCUGAAGAUUGUGUCCAGUGCACUAAGCAGCUACGAGGUGGUCACAUUCGUAAGCUACCGGGAGCUUUCGCUGCUGCUGGCCGUACUGUUCAACAUGGUGUGCUUCAUCGGUGCAGCCAAAGCACUCUAUCGACUGAGCAAGCACGUGCUCGGCAGCCAAAAGCGGGCGGAAAUCGCUGUCCUACUGUUUUGUUUUAAUCCAGCUUCGAUCUUUUUCACCGCACCGUACACGGAAAGUUUGUACGCGUGGCUUUCGUUCGUCGUCAUGUACCAGAGCAUGGAGGAUGUGACGUCCAUUUUCCUAACCAUCCCGCUUAGCCUGUCGAUUCUGUGCCGCUCGAACGGGAUGUUCAACAUCGGGUUCGUGCUCUACUUUGCCGUGCGUCGCAUCGCCGCCCAGGUCAACUUUCACAACAUCAUCUGCAUCUGCUCGCGGCUCUUCUCGAUGCUGAUUAUUGUGCUGUUUCACUAUGGCAUCGCCCAGGUGUACAAUUACUAUCUGUUUUGCUUCGUGCAGAAGUUUAAUUUUCCCGAUCAUGUGCGCGAGUAUGCGGCGGAACAUGGGCUCGUACUGGCCGGAAACAAAACGGACGAUUCUUCACCCUGGUGCACAAAUUUACUGCCCCUGUCGUACUCGUACGUCCAGAGCCACUACUGGAAUGUGGGCUUUUUACGAUACUACGAGCUAAAACAGCUGCCUAACUUCCUACUAGCACUGCCGGCUAUUUAUUUGACGCUGAGCAACUCCUACCGGUAUUUGUGUGAACAUUGGGACUACGCCCUCCGGUUAGGGUUGUUUCGUUUGACCAAAAAGCAACACAAACUAAUGCGUCCCUACGAUCGCUUUGCGCUGGUAUUUGUGGUACACGCACUAGUGUUGACCAUCUUUUCGUUGCUUUUCGUACACGUGCAAGUAACCACCCGGCUGCUGUGCGCUGCCAGCCCCGUACUGUAUUGGUAUACGGCGGAAUAUUUUACCGGCGAGCGUACGUUCAUCAAGCGCCAGGUGAUCCGCAAGCUUUCGAAGCAAGUAAAGGAUGGGGAGGAAAACAGUUGCACCCAUGUAAUGAAUCACAUCGAGCUAAGCGAUCUGCUUGACUUUCGCUGGAUGAAUGGGCCCCAGCAGGCCAUCCUGGUGUACUUUUUCGGGUACACCGUGGUAGGCACGGUGUUGUUUAGUAAUUUUUAUCCAUGGACCUAG